CUUGUGGAAAAAAGCAUUUUUAGACGAGAAUUUCAGUGGAAUUCGGAAAUGAGGCCAUCUUCUUCUUCUUCUUCCUCAUCCUCUGCUUCUCCUUCGUUUACUUUGUCUUCAGUGACAGUAGCGGUGGACAAAGCCACAAGCGAGCUUCUCCGCACUCCUGAUUGGACCAUCAUCAUCGCCAUCUGCGAUUCCCUCAAUUCUAAUCGCUGGCAAUGCAAAGAUGCGAUCAAAGCCGUGAAGAGAAGAUUGCAGCACAAGAGUUCUAAAGUGCAAUUACUCACUUUAACGUUGUUGGAGGCAAUGCUCAAAAACUGUGGUGACUUUGUGCAUUCUCAUAUCAUUGAGAAACAUCUUCUUGAAGAUAUGGUUAAGAUUGUCAAGAAAAAGGGUGAUUUUGAAGUAAGGAACAUGAUCUUGCUAUUGUUGGAUACUUGGAAUGAAGCAUUCAGUGGAGUUUCUUGUAAAUACCCUCACUACAAUUGGGCAUACCAAGAGCUUAAACGGUGUGGGGUGACAUUCCCACAACGUUCCAAAGAAGCACCCCUGAUGCUUGCACCACCACCUCCAGUGACACAUUCUUCUUCAUCAUCAUCUUCUAUGAAUUUAAUGUCUAUCGGUUCAUUCAGAAGGCUCGACGAAACUAUGGCUACAGAAAUUGAGGGCCUAAGCUUAUCAAGCCUUGAAUCCAUGAGAAAUGUGAUGGAUCUUGUGAAUGACAUGGUUCAAGCCGUGAAUCCAUCUGAUAAAUCAGCUAUAAAAGAUGAGCUAAUAGUUGAUCUAGUAGAGCAGUGCAGAUCUAAUCAGAAGAAACUAAUGCAGAUGCUCACUACAACUGCUGAUGAGGAUGUUAUGGCACGUGGGCUCGAGCUGAACGACUCUUUGCAGGUAGUGCUCGCGAGACAUGACGCUAUUGCAUCUGGUGUCUCUAUUCCUAUGUUGGAGGCCCCAGAGACAAGCUCUGCCCUCAAGACUUAUGAUGUUGAUGCUCUUGAGUCUGACUCUGAGUCUUCUUCAUCGUCGAGCAGUGAAAGUGAAACAAAUGAAAGGGAGGAUGUUAAAGAUGACUUUGUGCAGCUAGCCAAAAGGCACGCUCUAUUAAGUGCCGAACACAGCGAUGAAGAAGAAGAAACAUUGCUUCUAGGUAACGACGAUGAAAAUAUAGCGGAAACAGAAGCCAAGACACAGUGCAAAGAUCUAGCUUUGUUCGACACAACAACAACAACCACCAAGUCAGAGCAGGACAUUAUUGAACUCCUCAGCCUAACUCUGUCAACAACUGCUCUACCCUCCCCACAUACGCAACCUCAAAUGCAACCACAAACGCAGCCUCCAUCGUUUUUUGCUGAUGGUAAUAUUCUUAUGAACAGCUACGUUGUCCCAUGGGCACAGUCCCAAGAAGAACCGCAAGUCCCAAAAAUGACUCAGUUUGCUCCAUCGGGACCUCAGUUUCAGCCAUGGCCUCUGCAGCAGCAACAACCGUUUACAUACGGUUAUCCUCAGCCACAAUGGAGCGUUGGCCAAGUAAAUAGUAAUGACACAACAUUGUGGAGCCAAGGAUGCAACGAAAAUAAGGUUUUUGAGAGAAACUUGCAAUACUCAAACUCCUUCCCCGCUAGAGCCACAGGGACAUCCGGUGCUGCCUCUGUGCCUACGGUGGUGGACGGGCAGCCGCAGAGGCCGUAUGUUCCUCCGUACAAAUUGUUUGAAGAUCUUAACGUUUUCCGGAACGCAGAUGGAGGCGUUAGGAGUAGCAAAUGACCUUUGUUGUAAUUACGUUAUAAUAGUUCCAAAAGAUUUCAAAUUACUACAGUUACAAAUUAACAAAGAGAACUAAUAAGACUUCCAAGGUGAGGUAGAAAUCUUUGGAAACUUAAUAUAUGAUCAAGGAAUAAAUAGUUAAAGUUGAC